AUGGCCACAGCGGCUAUGGCUGCUGUGAUCCAGCCUCGUGCUGAAUCGUCUACAGCGGAGCCUAUCCCUGUGCCGUACGACCUUCACAAGUUUUCGCUGGCCGCCGGUCUUGUUCAGCAGACCUACUGCCCAAGUACCCAGGACAAGAAGGGCCUUAAAGUUGGUGACGCUACGCUGCUGUGGACCUAUGGUGAUGGCGGUGACACUCAACAGCGUGUGAACUUGUACCACUCGGACAGCCUGGGUAUCGCCGUUGCUAUCCAGGGAACUAACAUCUCGUCGUUAAAAUCUAUUGUUGAUGAUGCCCUGCUUUUUUCUGAAAAGCCUGACUGGCGUUACCGGAAAUAUGUACCUGAUGACGUUGUCGUGAUGAAUGGCUUUCAGGAAGGUUACCAGGAUGUGGUGGACGAUGUUUUUGUGAACGUUCACAAAUACAUGCAGCUCAAGAACGAAGAGCGCGUGACAAUUAUCGGACACUCUCUUGGCGCAGCGAUCGGCCUUAUCCUGGCUGUGGACUUUGACAACCGUCUCGACAAGGGCAUUACUGGAUCAUACUUGUUUGGCUUACCUCGCGUUGGUAACCCUGCAUUUGCCAACUAUGUGGACGCUCGUCUCGGUAAGAAGCUUCAUUGGGCUGUCAAUGGUCGUGACUGGGUUCCUACCGUGCCGCCGCGUGUUCUUGGAUACCAGCACCCGUCAAACUAUAUCUGGAUCAACCCUGGCAACUCCACCCACUGGAAGCUAUACCCAGGCCAGGAGAAUGUCCAUGGCUUUACCAAUGUGCUGGACACACAGUUCCCUAGCUUUGACGACCAUCAGGGUGUGUACUUCCACACGCAGAUUGGCACGAUCCCUCGGUUUGGCAGUCACUGCCCUGCUCUGGUCGGUCAGGACUAA